UCUGUGUGCGACUAACAGUGUCGCAAGCAAGCUGUAAAAUGGCGCCGUCUCCAACCAAGAGGAAGGAGGAUGACAAGAUUAAACCGCUCAGUAAGGAGAAGUCAGUAUCCACCAAAGAAGGGGCUGACAAAAACCGCAGCCGUGAGAAGAACCGUACACGGCGCAGUGCUUCCAGUGGGAGCAGCAGCAGCUCAGGUUCCAGCUCCUCCAGUGGCUCCAGCUCCUCGGGCUCGUCCAGCUCCCGCUCCUCAUCCUCCUCCUCCUCCUCGCCAAGCCCCAGCCGCCAGCGCCACAACAACAGACGGCGCUCACGCUCUAAGUCAAAAUCUGCUAAAAAGGACGACAGGGACCGACGCCGUAGAAGUCCCACGCCCAAACCCACCAAGGUUUUCCUGGGCCGGCUGACCAGAAACAUCAUUAAGGAACACAUCCAGGAGAUUUUCUCCACCUAUGGAAAGAUCAAGAUGAUCGACAUGCCCGUGAACCGCACCCACCCUCACCUGUACAAAGGCUACGCUUACGUGGAGUUUGAGAUGCCAGACGAUGCGGAGAAGGCCCUGAAACACAUGGACGGAGGUCAGAUUGACGGUCAGGAGAUCACAGUCUCAGCAGUGCUGACUCCCACAGUGCGCAUGCCGCCUCGCAGGAUGUCCCCCCCCCGCCGGAUGCCUCCCCCGCCCCCAAUGUGGCGUCGCACCCCCCCUCGGAUGAGGCGAAGGUCUCGGUCUCCACGGCGACGCUCUCCCGUCAGGCGCAGGUCUCGAUCCCCCGGCCGCCGCCGUCACCGCUCCCGUUCCAGCUCUAACUCCUCGCGCUAAUGAUUGGCAAACCCCCGCCUGGAUCUGUUCAUCUACCGUGUCGUUAAGAUCAGUGUGUCCAAGUAAAUAUGAGAGGCAAAGAUUCUUAUGGUUAACUGUUAUAAACAAUGUAUGAUGAGUGUGGACGUUAAAAAUCUAUAAUAUCUCACUUGGUGGAUUGUUUCAAACUGUUUUGAAACACUGGAACAUGUUCUGUGUUAAAAGACUUCUUUGAGGAGUUCUGAAGCUAAAUGCUCUUACAUAAUCCACGAUUGGAGAAUAUGAAGUACUCGGCAAUUUUCAGGAGUUCAAAAUGUGAUUAAAAUGUUUUAUUAAAUUUACUUAUAGAUAAACACAUACACUAAUACCAAUAUAACAUUGGCAAUGAAUUAAUAUUGCUGAUAUCGGUAUAGCUCUACUUUGAGGUAGGGUCCUAAUGUUUUUCUGAAACAAUUGAAAUCUUCUUCACGUCCUACUAGCCAGACAUAAAUUUAGUUUUCUGUAUUGGUGGACAUUUUCACUCAGGAUAUUUGGUUUCUAGAACAUGCAUAAAAAGAGGGACAGGUAACAGAUCAGACUAAUGAUUACACGAUACUGUUUUAAUGUCAAUCGUUCUCGGAAAUCCCGCCGACAGCCCCCAUUAACCCCUCCACUAGGGGUCACUAAACUGUGAUUCCCAUACUAUUCAAUCUGUAUUAAACUUCCCGUGACGAAAUGAGCAGAAGCUGUGACAGUAAAUAAUUAAAAAAGACCCUAGACUGACUCAUAUUUUUCCAUGGUUGAUACAGUGUCAACACAAAGAGGUUGGACGUUAACAGCCUAAAACUGUGUGACACGGUGAACUCUGGAUCCAGGCAUCUGUGGUUUUAGUUUUUUGUAGAGAGUUGUGUUUAAUCGGUGUUGGAGCUGAAGCAAUCGUCGUGACAGUGUGUGUGUGUCUCAUUUUGUAUUGCCUGUUUAAUGUAUCGGUUAACUUGACAAUAAAAGGUCAUGGUUUGAA